AUGGAGAGAAGCGCAUGGGCUGCCUCGAGGCCACGGUCUGCGCCGUUAUCCAGUACACCUUCCCGCCGAUUGCGAAGAUGGGGAUGGAGGGCACCCCGAAGGAGGAGAGGCUCCAGAUCCUGGAGGACCUGCGUAAGAUCACAUCUCGCAUCUCCUGGCCCAGAGAGGCUGGCGAAGGAGAUCCAGGGCCUCUGGACGACGGAGGAGAUCGAGCUGCCCCGCCGCUGCGGCGGCGGCGGCCCCGUGCGCGUGCUGCUCGGACGCCCCGCUGGCGACCCGCCCGGCCGAGACCUGCCGCUGGUGGUCUGGCUGCACGGCGGCGGCCUGGUCGCGGGUUGCCCCACCCAGCCGCAACUGGUCCAGGCGCUCCGGGGCGCGGCGAGGGCGUGGCCGCACGCCGACGCCGACGCGGCCGCCCCGCCCCCGGCCUUGUGCUGCUGGGCAGCGGUGCGCUACCGCCUGGCGCCGGAGGCUCAACUCCCCGACGCCGUCGACGACGCCGUGAGCGCCUUCCUGGCACUGGCCGAACCGGCGAGCGCGGCGCGCUUCGGGUACAGCCGCGCCCGCAUGGGCCUCGCCGGCUGCUCCGCCGGCGGCGUUCUCGCCACCCACGCGGCACUGCGGCUCGCAGAGGCCCAGGAGGCGCCGCCGCCGGCCUUCAUGGUGCUGGACUACCCGAUGCUCGACCCCGCCAUGGACACGAGGUCCUGGGCGGUGCACGGCGACGGCCGCAUCAUACACAGGAACUUCAUCCGCCAGUGCUGGCAGUGGAGCCUGGCUGGCCCGGAGGAGGGCGCGACCCCGGCUGCCGAGCGCGUGCAGUGGGCCAGCCCGGCGCCGCAUACCGCGUGGGCUGCGCCGCGCCUGAAGGACAUGCGCGCGCUGAUCCUGCUCGGGUGCUGCGAUCCGCUGCACGACGAGGGCCUGGCGCUCGCCGGUCGCCUCAGAGAUGCCGGGGUCCAGGUGCAGGUGGUCGAGGCGGCAGGCAACCACGUGACGGCCCACAUGUUCGACAAGGGGGCUGGCAGCGAGUUCCACAUGGGCGUGUUGAGGCUGUUGACAGAGUGA